AACGUUCAUGCUUUGUGCCAGAAUGUGGCAGUGUAAGAGAGGAUCACAAUCGUAGUGUGUAUGUAUCACGGGUCAAUUGUGACUGACUGAUCUACAAAUAAUAAUGAGUAUUUAGUUACGAUGCAGUGUUCUUUGUAGAUCAGUCAGUCGGCAGUCUUCUGCAAUGUCGAACAUGCUCCAUUAUCAUUGUAGCAAGCUGCUUUGACAACAUUAGCUACAUUGUUGCCAGUGGCAGUAGCCUUACUGUACAUGACGCCCCUAGUGGCCUAUCUCGCUAGCUAGCGUGAACCGCAAUAGCAAGCAGUUUGAUAAAAAAAAACAUCCUUUUGAUACGUAAUUUUAUUGUUAAUCCAAAUAAGGAUAUAAAAUAUAGUCAUGAAUCUUCGGGGAUUCUUUCAAGACUUCAAUCCCAGUAAAUUCCUCAUCUAUGCCUGUCUGUUGCUGUUCUCUGUUCUACUGUCCUUGCGUCUGGAUGGCAUCAUCCAUUGGAGCUAUUGGGCUGUGUUUGCCCCCAUUUGGCUAUGGAAGCUAAUGGUUAUCAUCGGUGCCUCAGUUGGCACAGGCGUCUGGUCCCAUAACCCACAGUACAGGGCUGAGGGUGAAACCUGUGUGGAGUUCAAGGCCAUGCUGAUAGCAGUUGGGAUCCACCUACUCCUGCUCACCUUUGAGGUUCUGGUGUGUGACCGUGUGGCGAGGGGCACCCACUUCUGGCUGCUGGUCUUCAUGCCCCUCUUCUUCGUCUCGCCUGUCUCUGUUGCAGCAUGUGUGUGGGGCUUCCGCCAUGAUCGCUCUCUAGAGUUGGAGAUCUUGUGCUCGGUCAAUAUUCUCCAGUUUAUCUUCAUUGCCCUGCGACUGGAUAAAAUAAUCAGUUGGCCAUGGCUGGUCGUCUGUGUGCCACUGUGGAUCCUCAUGUCCUUCCUGUGCCUUGUGGUGCUCUACUACAUGGUGUGGUCAGUGCUCUUUCUGCGGUCUAUGGACGUCAUCGCAGAGCAACGGCGUACUCACAUCACCAUGGCGAUCAGCUGGAUGACAAUCGUUGUACCCUUGCUCACUUUUGAGAUCCUGUUGGUCCAUAAGUUGGAUGGCCACUACAGCUCCAGCUAUGUGUCUGUUUUCGUACCUCUCUGGGUGUCCCUGGUGACUCUGAUGGCCACAACCUUUGGCCAGAAAGGAGGCAACCACUGGUGGUUUGGCAUCCGAAAAGAUUUCUGCCAGUUUCUUCUUGAGCUCUUUCCCUUCCUGCGGGAGUAUGGGAACGUUUCUUAUGACCUGCACCACGAGGACCCUGAGGUGUGCGAGGAGAUGCCUGCACACGACCCGCCAAAAAUAGCCCCGAUGUUCAGCAAAAAAAAUGGUGUGGUGAUCACACAGAGCCCAGGGAAGUACUUUGUGCCUCCUCCAAAACUGUGCAUUGACAUGCCUGACUAAAUUAAAGCUUUGCAACAACUGCUCUAGAGCUUUGAUGGACUUCACAUGCACCAGACAGCUGGAUAAGUAUUUUUUACAACCACAUAUCUAUUUUUUAUGGAAAUGGAAUGUUCUAGAAGGUUAAGUAGACACUUACCCCAAACGGCGAAUCACUCCCUCAAUAUUGUUGUGCAGUAUGGGUGCCCUGAAACAUGAACAAAGGCUCCAAAAACACCCAAAUAUGGCCUUUUAGAAACAGCAUAUAACAUUGCGGAUAAAGUUUGGGAUGAUGCGAUUUCAUGUGUACAUAUCUAAAUACCUGCGUCACUAUACUGAGAGCUUUACUGUUUCGAAAGUAACCUAUUUUGGUGUUUUUGGAGCAUUCAUGUUUUUUCUGGGCCCAACGAGGAUGAGGAAGUGAUUUGCUGUUUGUGGUAAGUUUCUCAAAAACAAGUAAAAUCACAAAUAAAAAUGUAGCUGGACCCUUCUAUAACAUGCCAUUUACAUCAGAAAUAGAGAUUUGAUUGUAAAAAACAAACAACUUCUCCUUUAAAGAAGAGGCAGAAGAGCAUAGCUUUCCAUGUAAGUCACUCCUAGUGAGUGAUGGGACCUGGUGGGACCGGAAUUUGGACAUGUUUUUUUUUCUGAAAACAAAAAUCCAUGGCAGAGUAUGUGGAACAAAAGGCACUCUUAUAUCAACGUGUGUUUUUCCAUUGUAUUGGCAGUGGAAAUAAUUAGUUCCUUUUCAUUGAUUUUAUGUGAUAUACUGUAUAGUACUUUCUAUUUUCCUUGUGAUGUUCUGGCCACCAACAAAAUAUCUCCAAAGCGUUCAUCCUCUUUUAUAAUUCAGAUAUCUUUCACCUUAUUCCAGUUGAAGAUACAUUUUGUUGUAUGUUUGUCAAAUUACCCAAAUCCUGAUUUAUUUUUUUUGUAUCAAAGCUCAAAUACUACAUGUUAGGAUGACAACACAAUCAUGCUUAUUAGUCUAACCUUUUUAAACCUAAGAUUAGCUUGCUACUUGGGUAUAUUUGCUUUUGUUUAUUAAAUUAUUUAACUUCUCUAUUGUGAGGAACAUUUGUUGUAAUAUAAUAGCGUGUGUGUAUAUAUAGUAUUAUUCCCUAACACCCAUUUUUGUAUUUGGAUGGUUUGGUUUUGAUUUCAUAGGGUAUUUUCCUGAAUUAAGACCCUGAUCUAUGUCCACUCAAUUGUAUUAAGGUUUACAACCUUGUUCCUCUAGUGGCCCUUUGCACUGAGUGUAUAAAAACAUUAGGAACACCUGCUCUUUCCACAACAUAGCUUUCACCUGGAUAGUCUAUGAUCCCUUUUAUUGAUGUCACUUGUUAAAUCCACUUUAAAUCAGUGUAGAUGAAGGGGACUGGUUAAAUAAUGAUUUUUAAGCCUUGAGACAUGAAUUGUUUGUGUGCCAUUCAAAGGGUGAAUGGGCAAUACAAAAUAUCUAAGUGCCUUUGAACGGGGUAUGUUAGUAGGUGCCAAUAUUAGGAAGGUGUUCCUAAUGUUUGGUAUAGUCAGUGUAUAUGGCAGUAUGACAGUCAUUGUAGUUGGCUUUUGCUGUUACAAUAAUGUCAGAUUCAGGGUGCACAACUUUGCCUCAAGGUUCCUAGUAGUGUAUUCUAGUUUUCAAUUAAUCUUGAGUAUUCUGGGUAAACAGCCUGUUUGCGUCUUCUACCUUGCCAGGUCUACAUUGGGUAAUGUAAGGGAGAAAACCCGCAGUGCCGCUUCUCUAUUAUUAUAUCUGUGAAAAAUUCUUUGUUUGUGAAAUUGUGACUCUCCUUCAUACAAAAUGUUCUCCCCACCAUCCCAUUGAACUUCUAAUCGAUCCCCUCAUGUUUUGUUCGUUUUGUCUAUGUUCUGUGACCACUCUCAGCUGGCCUGAGAGAUGAGCAUUACUCAUUUGAAAACAUGUUUUUGACCGAGAACGGACCAAUGUUAUACUUUUCCCCUCUAUUGUACCUUGUUUCUAACCUUUCACCAUACACAUUCUGUUGCAAUAUAGCUGUUUUUCUUUCUGCUAGCAAGCACUUCAGUACGUGUUAAAUGAUGAUUAACAUUUAAAUCACUGUUAGUUAUCUGGUCGUCAUUUUGUUGACUUGUCAAAUGCAUGAACAUUGAUUUCAAAUUGAAAUAAUACUUUU